UCCAAUCGUUUAUAAGCGUUCACGUGUUCCCUUAUUCACUUGGAGCGAUGCAGAUCUUCGUGCGAGCUCAAGAGACUCAUGUAGUAGACGUCGACAGCGACACAACUGCCUGGGAUGUGAAAUGUUUGCUAGAGUCGAGAGAGGGCCUCUCGCCCAAUAGCCUCCUGCUCAAAUUCGCUGGCCAGCCGCUGGAGGAUGAAGUUCAGUUGUCCUCGUUCCUAUUAGAAAAUGUAACAGUUGAUGCUACAGUUCGGCUUCCAGGAGGAAAGGUUCACGGAUCUCUUGCUCGUGCUGGCAAGGUAAAAGGUCAAACCCCGAAGGUUGAGAAACAGGAAAAGAAGAAGAAGCGAACGGGUCGUGCGAAGAGGCGAAUGCAGUACAAUCGUCGAUUUGUCAACGUUGUGGCCACAUUCGGACGCCGGCGUGGGCCGAACUCGAACCAGUAGAGUUCGUGACGUGAUGCUUUGUCGAUAUUACAUUUCAUUCAAUAUAGUAUAAAAUCUA